AUGUCGACGAUGUUGGGCUUGUUGGUCUGGGGAUCUGUUGUUUCGACUGCGGGGGCGGUUGGGUUGGAGGGUUCCCCCUGUGCGGGUUGCUGGGGCUUCUUCUUGCUGGAAGGCAUUUUGGGUGGCUUGUUGGGGGUGAAGCUUGAGGGUGUGAAGGAGAUGCGGUUGAAAGAAAAAGCGAACGAGGGGUGCUUGCUGCAAGCCAAGACGGGAUAUGGGAGAGCUCCUGCUGUGUAA